CUGUAUCAUAGGACUUGCAACUAAACCAGUGUCAAGGAGGAAGGACUCUGGGCAAUCAAAAACCAUCCAAUCAAUUAUAAUCUGUUGUACUGGUGCUUUCCCUGGUGCUUUCCACAGCCUCUAGCCCCUGAUAACUACCAGGUCCUUUUUAAAUGGGAAAGAUCUACCUAAAUAGGCACUUUUGGGGGAUGUUCGAGGUAAUAGUGAUUUGCGCUGUCAUGCACCUGAGGGCGGCGUGAUGGUUGAUGGCGAUCUGAUUAUCCUAAACUUACGACGUGCACCCAUGUCCGCCUCCCCACCUAUUGAUCCAGUUCUUUUGGCAUCUGGAGGUGCUCCAGAACCGCCCUCAGAGCCUGAGGUAGUCCCCGACAUCACCCGUGCUCGCUCCAUCUCCUCAGACUAUUCAAGUGUCGCUGCCGCCGUGGCCACUGAAGACGACGGCGACUCUUCGGCGGACUCCCGGCCUGGCUCACCUCGCAUGACCGGCCAGUUCCAAAUAAUUCGCGAAAACGAGACGGUUACCUGUUUAUGGAACAAUUGUGGGAUGCUUUUUGACACAUUGUCCACGCUUAUUGCACACAUCCACUCUGUCCACAUCGGUAUGAACAAGCACAAGUAUACCUGUGAAUGGGCAACCUGUCUCCGUCGAGGGCUGUCUCAAACAUCUCGCUUUGCGCUGAUAGCUCACAUUCGGAAGCACACAGGCGAGAGACCAUUCAUGUGCACGCAUCCAGAAUGCGAUAGCUCCUUCACUCGCUCUGACGCGCUAGCCAAGCACAUGCGCCAGCAACACGAUAUCUCGCCACCCCCUGCAGGGCAAAACCGUCCCCGGCCACGAAAACGAAAACGGGGUGCUGCAGACGAUGAGGAAACCCAAAAUGAGACCCCACCUCCUGGGACACCUAUUCCUCAAGGAGAACCGAUCGUUCCAACGCCCGACGACAUUGAUACCCCGCCAGUGCUGACUCGCGAAUCGAGUGCCCCUAGGCCUACUACUCCACUGCCUCGGGUUACUUCGCUCGAAGCGCUGAGGACUGAUCUGCUAGCAGGGUCGCCUGGUCUACCUCACCCUCCAUCAUGGAUGUCCUCGACAGUGUUAGAGGACGAUGAUGUGGAUAUUACCUCUGGGGAGAACCUUCCACCCUUGUUGCGCUCGCGAUAUCUUCCUAGCGUCGACCUAGUGCUAGGUUGCUCGCCUGCAAAAGCGAUGUAUCUUAUCAUGAAAGCAAAGCAUCAAUAUGCUAUGGAACAACGUGCACUGCUCGAGAAUGAACUGCAGAUGGCCAAGUCUGAACUCUCGCGACUGAGAGCAAGGAAGGAUCAAGCACUGGAUGGUCUGUUGAACGGUUUUUUCGGCGCAUCUGCAAACCAUCUCAUUGCUGAAGUACCCAUCCCACCGAGUAUGCUCAUGGCCCCUCGAACCCCAAUCAAUAUCACAAACAAUUCCACGGCGAAUAUGAACGCUUCGCAUAUGUCGUCCCAAGCUGCUGGCACUCAUCGACGGCAGAUCAGACACGACUCGCGCACUCCACAGCAGGAACCUCCAGCCACAUAGCGAACUGACAUUCAACUACUAUACCUUUCCCCUGCCCUUUCACUCUUUCGUUUGCACCACUCAAACGAUAUUCGCUGAGCACGUUUGCAAGGCAAAAUCGAAGAAGCGAGUGGAAGUACCCGUCCGUCAGUGUAGUGUACAUUCGCAUCAAUCGACAGAGACACCCUUCCUUCUCAGAUCAUCUUUCGCUAGCGAUAUCUCCUAAGAAGCAGGUUAAGUUGGGCCAAUAUGUAUGGUACGAUGAACGCACGCUCAUAAGCUCCUGAUAUGCCUCAGGACAGUCUCGGAACGAAAACAAUCCCCAUCCCAAUGAUGCGAGCGAAUAUGAGCCGAAAGACACUAGAGACCACCACGGAAGCUACAAAUGUAAUCAGAAACGAGCUGCACUAUGUUUCCGUCUCGCGCACCAAUGGCCAAACUUGCUUCAAGGCACCGUCAUCCAGUAACGGAACAGAAAAGAACUCGAAGAAGACAAGCGUCCACAGAGAGACAAACAGUGCGGAAAGGAGGCCGAUACGAUGUGCACGAGCCAUAGUUUGAGCGAGAGAGCGGAUGCUCAAGUAAGUUUUGUCGCCAACGUGGUUCACGACGCAAGAGUAAAUCGCGUGACAAGAUGGUGACAGUGACACCAUGACGCCCUGUUGGACGCGUCUGCUUCAAACGCGUUCAUUCUUCUCGUCUGCCUCCCGAUGGCAUGAAAACCCACUGGGCCUUCCACGGAGCGGGGCGCUUCCUCCGCCUCAGAUGCCUCGCCGAGCAGGAGCCAUACAAAACGUCGUAUUCCCAACGUCAAACGCGUCGUGGCCGUUGCUAGUGGAAAGGGCGGCGUAGGAAAGAGCACAAUAGCCGGUACUGCUGCCAAAUAAUGUUCCGCUCAUUGCCAGGCUGACCAAUCCACGCAAGUCAACCUGGCGUUUGCGCUGUC